AUGGGCGUUAAAGAAGUUGAUCGAAAGCAACGUUCUGUUCCAACAUCUGAUCAGAUUCGAUUGGCGAAACUCACAUUGACCGAUGGCGGUGCUAUGGAUGAGGAUCAAGAAGUGAUGAAGAGACUCAUCAAAAAGGUGAUUGAAACGACUUUGUGUACGAAGGCUCAGGCGGAGAUUGCACUUUUCGACAACGAUAAUGAUGCCGAUGCUGCGGUGCUUCAAAUCCUUGAAAACCCUGAUCUCAAUUGGACCGAACAGAAGAACAAAAAAGACAAGAAAAAAGAAGAUGAGAACGUGAAGCCAGUGCGUGGUCAGUCGUCUACGCGCGGUCGUAGCGGACAGACGCGGGAGUGGACAGACAGAGCAAAUGGAAAUCGAGGAAAGUCGUAUCAAGGAGGCGGCAAUGCAUCUUCUACGACAACUCGAGGUCCUGAUUCGCGGGGAGCAGCCCGGGGAGAGAAUGGACGCGGUGGUGGUCGAGGGAACAAUGCAGUACGUCAGCAGCGGGAAAACAAGGACGCCAAAGUGACGCCUACGGAAAAUGGUGGACAUGAGGAGAAUCACGACUGGAAGAGCGGUCCUCUGGUGUUCAAGCGCACUGAAGAGAGCACGGCGACAGCCACUGAAUCGACUACUUCGGUGCCAUCUAUUCCAGUGACCAAUGGCUCUACAUCAACCGGACCAAUUUCGUUUGCUGCGGCGGCUGCGGCUGGAGUCAACAAGGAAAGGCAUCGACAACAGCAGCAACAGAGGUUGAUUGCCCAUGUGGAAGAGAGCAAGCCUUCAGUCAGCGUCGAAGAGGUGGCGAGAAUUCCUCCACCUGUUGAGGUCGAGGCUGAGUCAUCUUUGAAUACGUGCAUCUCGCUGGAGGAGGAACCUCUGGACAUCAAUCAACCAACGUCAACGACGACUGAUUGGGCGAGCAAGCUAAAAGCUGAUCUCGGAAUUGGUGUGCCAGCAGUAGAAAGCUUUGGACCACCUGAAGUUGCAAAUCCAGUCGAAUUCAUGUCUGAUGCGGCGACUUCAUUCUCUGGCCUUCAAGAAUAUCAAUUUGGUUUCAACUCGGAGCCCGUGGAGUCGAUUUUGCCGUCAUCGCCAGCAAAUCAAUCGAUUCCCGCCGUACAGAUGCCAGAAGCGCCUCUUUUCACCCGAUCUCCAAUUGUUCCAUCGUCUAGUCAAACGAUUCCUCCAAAAACAGAGACUCUGCCACCUCAAAAUGGUGAAUUCUCGAAUUUAAAGUCAUCUCCACCAAGUUCGGUUCCGGUCUCAUCGUACGCUCAGCAUAUGCAACAGCAACAGCAGCCGAGGACGUUAUCAUACGACUCUUCCAGCGUCUCCUAUGCCCCACCUGAUGGACGAGCGGCUCUUUCAAAGCCUCCAACCACUCAACCAAUCCAUGUGCAGAACCCGCCGCCUACUCAUCAAAUGCCUUAUGCCGCACCGCAAAUGCAAUAUCCAAACUAUCCGUAUCUCCAAAAUGUCAAUAUGUACAGUCCAGCGCUACGAAAUGAUGAUGCCAAUUUUGCGGCAGCGGCGUUGAUGCAGUAUCCGUUCGGUAUAAGUGGUGGACAAAUUGAUCUCAGCCAAUUACUUCCUCAAGGAGCUUUAUCUGCCGGCCAAUCACAGCAAGUGCCGCAACAACAGCACCGCAACGAUAACCCUCAGAUGAUGGAUCUCAAUAAAUUUCAAGGUGGAGUCAACAGUGGACGUGAUUCGGCUGUCGGUCCACCACCUGGUUUUGCCAAUCCUUCAGCUGCUUACAUGGCACCUCAUGCUCAGCAAAAUUUGCAAAAUCUCUUCAUGCAACAGCAGCAAUAUGGACCGAGUGGACCAUUCCCCUACAUUAUGCAACCAACCGUCAAUCAGGCUCGACAAAUGUACGGCGGCGCGGGAGAUGAAGAGCGCAAAAACUUUGAACGAAACGCGGGCAAACAGGGUGGAGCACAGCAAACUCCGCCUCCUCAUUACCAGCAGCAUAAUGGAUAUAUGCAAGGCCUUGGGAAACCGAAGCCACAACAGUACGGGCACACGAACAGCGGAUGGAAU